AUUGGAAACCAGCCAAACCACAUGAAAUAGAUGCUAAUGGUUAUAAAAUUUGAAAGAUGAUAGGUGUAAGAGUUAAUUCUUUUAAUGAAAAUGGAUUGGGCGAGCCUGAACAAGACGCGAAUUCGGCACUGACAGAGUUAGAUAAGGGUCUUCGAUCUGGACGAGUUGGGGAGCAGUGUGAGGCAAUAGUGAGAUUUCCAAGACUAUUUGAAAAAUACCCGUUCCCGAUUCUUAUUAAUUCAUCUCUGCUUAAGCUUGCAGAUGUAUUCAGAGUUGGGAACAAUUUCUUACGUGUGUGGGUUCUACGUGUUUGCCAGCAAAGUGAGAAGCAUUUAGAUAAAAUAUUGAAUGUCGAUGAAUUUGUACGCCGAAUUUUUAGUGUCAUACAUUCAAAUGACCCUGUAGCUAGAGCUCUUACAUUGCGGACUCUGGGCAGUGUUGCUGGGAUUAUUCCAGAGAGGCAGCAAGUACACCACAGCAUUCGCCGUAGUCUAGAUUCUCAUGAUACUGUGGAAGUGGAAGCAGCUAUUUAUGCUGCCAUGCAGUUUGCUGCACAGUCAAAAUUGUUUGCAGUGAGCAUGUGCAAUAAGAUCUCGGACAUGAUCCAGGGGUUGGCAACUCCAGCACAUAUGAAACUGCAACUGAUCCCUAUAUUGCAGCACAUGCACCAUGAUACGUCAACAGCUGCCAUGGUCAGACAGUUGUGCACUGACCUGCUGCCAAGUUAUCCUGCCCAAGAAUUUGUUUUGGUCACCCUCAACUCCCUGACACAGUUGGCUUCUGCUACAUUGGUUGACAUUCCAAAUCAGGUAUCACUGUUGCUUCAUUAUCUUCGAACUGAUCCUCGAUGGGCUGUGAAAGCACAGGUUCUGCAAGGACUCCACCUGCUUGCAGGGCAAGGAGCGCAUCUGUGGCCACCAGGUGCUGUGGAAGCUAUUGUAGAUGUGGCCCUCAACACGCCAUAUCAGAAAGUUCUCAGCUGGUCACUGGAUGUUCUGCAGGUCUUGGCAAAAUCAACUGCAACUUGCCAUUCUCAACUGCAUCCUGAUUCACCUUUGAUGGAGCUAUGCAAUCGAAGUUGCUAUUCUAGUAAUCCCGUAAUUGCUGCAAAAGCAGUACAAGUUAUGACUAGAAUUGUGUGUUAUUGUUAUAAAGAAGAAAUGCCAGUACAUGGAGUGAGCGAGGCUGUGGAUACUGUUGAAUCUCUGUUCCUUCUCGUCACAUGUGACUCAGGGCAGGAACAUAACUAUGAGCUUAAAGUUUGCCUUCGCUGUGCAGUCAGCUUGUGUCAAGUUCAUAGGGACCUCUGUCCUCGUUUUGUCGACCUCAUUGGGACUCGUCUCAUGGGCACAUCAGGAUCAUGCAGUGUUCAGCUCUGUGAAGCUCUGGGUGCCAUUGGAGGUCUGCAGGCUGGAGCUCUCCUCAGUCUGUUACCAGACAUUUUGGAGAAACUUCGAGAGCUGAAGGGUGUUCAAGAGCCCAGCCCAGAACAAGUCCAUACCAAGGUAAUGCUUUGUACAUUGCUGUUUCAAACCAUGGCUGAAUAUGAGUGGAAUACUGAAGCAAGACGCGCGGUGGAAGUAGCUAUUGAAAAGACGAACUUAUGGUCAAACUACAGGAUUGCUCGGUCUGCUGCCAGGUAUGGUCAUCACAGUGUGUCAGCGGGUAUUCUGAGUCAGCUGAGGGAACAAGUGUCCUCAGAGCACUUCCAUUUCUGGUUAGUGUCACUUGAAGAAUUAAGCCGUGGUGAGGCAGAGCUCCUGGACUGCUCUAAACAACCAAGUCUGGUUCAGCGGCUUAGUCAGGCUGUGGCACAUUAUAGCAAAUCUGUUGCAGCACUUAAGGCUGCAAGCACCCCUCUACAGAGCUUGCAGUUUCAGUCGGAAUACACCAGGCUGAGAGCCGAGUUCUUACAGUGUCUGGCACAGUUGGUGCACACUUGUCACAGUCUUUGCACAGCUCCUCCUCCAGCUGUAGCGUCAGCAAUUGCAGAAACCACUCGUGAUAACCUGCAGCGAUAUGGACAUAUCACAAAUCAGUUGAGAAAGUGUGUCAAGGAGUUCCGUUCUUGUGGUGAACUGUACUGGAAGCUGUAUCAGAGUGCCUUUGAUGCAGAUCCUGCUUCCCUAGCCAACAUUCAGAUACUACAGCAGAUGUGUGUCCUGAUGGCUAAUAGUGUGGAGAGGGUAGCUCAAGCAAACUAUCAAGAUGAGGCCUCACUGGAGUUCAGCUACCAGCAGUCAAAUCUGGAGACACAGCACCUGAUUCAUUGCUGCCAAGAGGCCAGUGCAGUGGCACAGCAGCUGACUAAAAAUGAAGAUCUUAAAACUAUUACACAUCAGCAUAUUGAUUGCCUACUGAGGCAAGUCGAGAUUCUGGCAGAAUCUUCACUGUGUCUUCCACGAUAUUUCUUCCAGGUUCUUCAAUCUACAAGUGUAAAGUUGGCUAUUUCUCCGCAACCUCGGGUCUUGGGGGAGUCAAUAAGUGUACAAAGUGGUUCUCAGCUAGCUGUCAAGGUAGAGGGAGUAAUCCAGCAUGGUAAGAGACCUGGGCUGUUCCGACGUGUCAGUGGUGUUGUUGUAACAGUAUCUUCCCAACUCCAGGCUCGUUCAGCACACAACAACCAUGACACUAAGGUUGCUGGAGAUGGAGGCUCUGUGUUAACCCAAACAGUUGCCCCACAUCGGGAUUUCUUCACGGCACAGUUCCUGCUAGCAUUUCCAACUGGUGGUCAGUAUUUGUUAAUAGUGGAGGCAUCGGUAAUAGAUGAAAAGAGCAAUGUAUGGCGUACUGGACCCCGGACUAGUCUUACAGUGAAAUCUCAUGAGGAGGGUGGCAAGGUGGCAAUAACAGCAGGUGUCCAGGGUGCUGCAGCAGGAACAAGUGCCGGUACUUCUGGUAGGGGCAACUUUCCUAACACAAGUGCCAGAUUCUGAGAGCUCACUUCAUAGCAGAUUAUAAACCAAUAACUGUGAACUACCAGCAGGUCUUCCCUUGGUUUGCAAGUAAUUAUGAUCCCUACCUUGGAUGUAUCAUUUGG